AUGUAUAAAAAUGAGAAAUCAAUGACACGCGAGGACAAAGAAAAUUCCCAAGGAAAAGGAGCGCUUCGCACCGAUGGAGUAACGUUCGUUCGCCUACUUGAUGACAUUUAUCAACAAACAACUGCUGCAGUGCUAACAACAGCCGAAUGUACAACAACGUUUGAAGUGGUAACUGAACGCCAUCACGAGUACGCCAACGAUGUUGUUAUAUUGGCGGAAAGCAGCGCGAUACUUCAACAUGUUGUCGGCCUUGUAUCUAAGCUAGCUGCAGCCUAUGGACUACUUAUACGCCUCGAUAAAUGCAAGGAGAUGUGGAUCUCAUCGAAACCUCGAACGGGAACCAGGAUGGACGGAGAACCGAUCGAACUUGUCGAUGAGUUCUGUUAUCUGGGAUGUAUGCUGAAGAACAACGACAGUUACGAGAAAGAUAUUCAGCAAGGAUGCGAUAAGGCCACUCCUGCAUUUAACUCCUUAACGAAAUGCUUGUAG